AUGGUGGAAAAGCGUAUUGUAUUAGAUUAUAAACAGCAAAAGGGGCACGAGCUUAUUUUGCAUAUCCUUUACCAUCUCCAUAGUCUUGUGAUCUCAGAUUCUGUGUCAUCUGCUGCCGCUGUAUAUGAGGAAUUCCUUCUGAGAGUGGCAAAAUCCUUGCUAAGCGAUUUACCAGCUUCUGACAAGUCUUUUAGUCGACUUCUUGGUGAAGUUCCUUGUAUACCUGAUUGCGUGUUGGGGCUGCUGCACGAUAUAUGUACCAGAAGGCAUUCUGGAAAAGAUUCUCGAGAUGGUGAUCGUGUCACUCAGGGCCUUGGUGCUGUGUGGAGCUUGAUUCUAGGGCGACCACUGUAUCGUCAACCGUGUUUAGAUAUAGCUUUGAAGUGUACUAUUAACCAGGAGGAUGACGUUAGAGCAAAAGCUAUACGCCUUGUUUCAAAUAAACUAUAUGUGAUCGAUGACAUUUCUGAGAAGAUUGAGCAAUAUGCAACGGACAUGUUCUUGUCAGCUGUUGAUCUACGUUUUACAGAUGCAUUUUCUUCAUCUGUAGAAUCUGAAAAAAGAAUUGGAGAGGUACAAAAUGCAGAAACAUCUAUAAGUGGUUCUCAAGUUUCAGAGACUGGAAUUUCAGAUAAUGACUCUGCUAGGGGUUACCCGAAUGCAUCUGUGACUGAUUCAUCAAAUAUUUUCUCUCAAGCCCAAAGCCUCAUAUCCUUGUUUUUUGCACUAUGCACAAAGAAACCGACUCUGCUACAUCUUGUUUUUGACUCCUAUGCACGUGCUUCAAGGGCUGUUAAGCAGGCCGUGCAUCGUCAUAUGGCUGUUCUUGUGAGGGCUCUUGGGUCAUCAUAUUCUGAAUUGCUUUUUAUAAUAUCUAAUCCACCCAAUGGAAGUGAAGAUUUAUUGAUACAGGCUAUUGAGUUGUUGUGUGAAGGACAAACACCUCCUCCAGAUCUGGUGAUGACUGUCAAGCAGUUGUAUGAGACCAAACUAAAGGAUGCUGCCAUUCUUAUACCUAUUCUGUCAGCUUUUUCAAAAGAUGAGGUGCUGCCUAUUUUCCCUCAGCUUGUCCAGCUUCCACUGCAGAAGUUUCAGACGGCACUAGCUCAUAUAUUACAGGGUUCUGCUCAUACAGGUCCUGCAUUAACACCUGCUGAAGUGUUGGUAGCUAUUCAUGAUAUAUCACCCGACAAAGAUGGCCUUCCAAUAAAAAAGAUCACGGAGGCUUGUUCUGCAUGUUUCGAGCAGCGCACGGUUUUCACGCAACAAGUCCUGGCAAAGGCAUUAGACCAAAUGGUUGAUCGGACUCCAAUUCCAAUGCUCUUCAUGAGAACCGUAAUCCAAGCUAUUGAUGCCUUUCCGACUCUGGUUGAUUUUGUCAUGGAAAUUUUGUCCAAACUCGUGAACAGACAGGUAUGGAGAGUGCCACAACUAUGGGUUGGCUUCUUGAAAUGUAUCUCCCAAACGCAACCACGUUCCAUCCCUGUGUUGUUGCAGUUGCCCACACCCCAGCUUGAAGGUGCUCUGAACAAAUAUCCGAAUCUUCGUGCUCGACUCACUGCUUAUGUCAAUCAAUCUGAUGUUAAGGCCUCUCUUCCUAGGUCAACACUGGCACUUCUAGGCCUUGCAUCUGAAACAGACAUGCAACAAACGCACGUGACUUCAACUUUGCAUGCAUCCGAACAAAGCCCUUCAGUUCGUAGUGCAACGUCUACAUGA